AUGGCUUCCAAUGACCCUGCUGCCCCAGUUCGUAGCGACUUCUUCACGCAGGAAAAAGACCACAAGAAGUACAACAUGGACAGCGACAGCGCAGGAACUGAGGAAGCGCCUGCCAUCUACAACCAGGAGGAGGAGUCGAAGAGUGGUGGCUCUGAAGAAAUCAACUAUCAUACUCUUGAGUGGUGGCAAGCCGGUGUGGUCAUGAUCGCUGAGACCGUGUCACUUGGCAUCUUGUCUUUACCUGGCGUCAUUGCUACUCUUGGGUUGGCCCCCGGUCUCGUUGUGAUGGUCUUUAUGGGUAUCUUCUCUGCUUACUCGGGCCUUGUCAUGGGCGAGUUCCGGAAGGCCUAUCCCUGGGUCGAAAGUUUCGGUGACGCGGCCGAGGUCAUGGGACGAACCGUUGGCAUGGGGAAGCUAUUUCAAGAGAUCUGGGGUUGGGCUCAGACUAUCUUUCAGAUCUUCAUCAUGGGCAGUCAUCUGUUGACAUGGACCAUCUGCCUCAACACCCUUACUGAUAGUGCUGCUUGUACCAUCGUCUGGGGUGUUGUUGGCCUGGCUGUAUUCUGGGCUCUCAACACUCCCCGGACACUACGCGCGGCCGGAUACUACUCAUUCGCCUCAUUCGCUUCGAUUUUCACAGCUGUCAUGGUGACCAUGAUCGAUGUUGGCAUAGAAAAGCCUAUCGGCAGCACUCCCCUUGCAGCAGCCCGCACUAUUGGUUUCACUACAGCCUUUCUCUCUAUCACCAACAUUGCCGUCGCUUUCAGUGGCCACUCUUGCUUCUUCAGCAUCAUGUCCGAACUUAAGCAGCCAAACGACUGGCCUAAGGCGCUCGCCAUGUUGCAAAUCUGCGACACCAUUCUCUACAUCAUCGUCUCCGUUGUCAUUUACGUCUAUGUCGGGCCUGAUGUGCCCUCCCCAGCUCUUUCUGCCGCCGGUUCUCACGUCGUUCGCAAAGUCAUCUGGGGCAUCGCCAUCCCAACCAUUGUUAUUGCUGGCGUCAUUUAUGGCCACGUCGCCGCCAGAUAUGUUUUCGUUCGUGUCUUUGCUGGCACAAAGCAUCUAGCCACUCGCACCCCUCUUGGUGUUAUCGGCUGGCUCGGCAUCACUGCCAUUCUCUGGAUCAUUGCGUGGGUCAUCUCUCAGUCUAUCCCCGUUUUCAACAAUCUCCUCGGCUUUGUUGCUGCUUUAUUCGCCAGCUGGUUCUCGUAUGGACUGCCUGGUGUGCUGUGGCUUUGGCUUUACUACGGAAAGUGGUUCGCGACACCAAAAAAUACUGUACAGUUUAUUCUGAACGCAUUCCUAGUUAUAAUUGGCUUGAUAGUCUGCGCCUUGGGGUUGUGGUGUACAGGCGAGGCAAUGGCGAAGGAUGAAGGGAGGGAUCCGUGGAGUUGUGCAAGCAAUGCGGCUUAA